UUAGAUUGGAUUACCAAACGGGAGGAGGGUAAAAUCAUCGGUGAAUGUUGAUCGACAUCUUUUGCAUUACCGGCGUUUGGGUGGCCUUUUUUUACUCUUUCCUGAUUUGACACAACACCUUCUGUUUUGCGUCCGUCGCAUAUAACUCAUCUUUUAUAUGGAUCUUUUCUUUUCUUUUCUUCUCAAGACACGACGCAUGUUGAUUUGUUUCCGGAGUACAUCCUUUGGUGACUUUCCUUUAUACCCGAGUGCACUCCGACGUCCCUCCUUUGGUAUGAUACCUAGCCUUUUGGCGCAUGUUUUCCGCUUCGUUAUGAAUGCUGUCUCUCCUUUCGUUAUCUUCUCUUCUACACUAUGUCUUCUCACUGUCUGUCUAGCUCAUUCUCUAUCUUUAGCGAUUGAUAUUUCCUGCUUUACCGUCAGCCAUGUUGAUACUACCAAUAGCUGCCAACCUGCAAUAUAUGUGUUACACAACUCUCGACUCUUAAGCUACCUCCCUACCCAGCUCAUGCGCUAGAUACCAAUCGAUAAUUGACCGGCGAUUGCCAAGCGUCUCUAUACAACAAAUGUGUAAUGUCAAAGAAAUCACAGAUAUUGAACAAUGUUAUGGUACAGUACAUGCCAACAAGAAUAUCUUCAU